UGACACAAUGACCCGUCCCUUUUUUCUUAACUUCUUUCCCGGCUACUCCUUGGCGAUCAACUCCUUUUUGGCUUCUUGCACUACUUUUAUUUUUCCACUCCGAUUAACAGCACCGAAAAAGAAAAUUUGUAAAACAAAAAACCCACUGACUUAACCAGAGUGAGUUGUGUGUCUGUGUGUGUGUACGUGUCUUGUGUUAUUAGCACUCCACCGCCACCACCUUCACCUCCCGACGCCUCGUGGUGGCGACGACAGUGGGCUCGACUAGCGGGCAGGCCAAGCUCGGCGGAUGUCAUUGCGAGCCAUCCAUCAGCGUCUGUUUCCGAAUCCGCCAGGGGGCCUGUUAGUUACGUCGGUCGCGGAGUUUCUGCUUCACCGGCUACCGGAAGCAAAAGACAACAUUUGAAGGAAGCCGCCCAGCUGCUGGAGGACGCUUUCGCCGGAUUGUAGAAAAAAGCAGAAAAUAGGGUUCACGCAAAACACAUUUUUUUGAAUUAUUCACGCAGCCCAAAAGAAUUUAGUGAAAAGAAGCAAUACGAAGAAGAAGAAGAAGAGGAAUAGUGAUUUCCACACUCUUUAAUAUCUCCCAUCCGUCACCCACCACCACUAUUGGAUGGUAGAAUUGUGCGCUUUGAGCCGCAAAAUUUGCAACGAUUUAGUAGAGAAGAACUUUUCUUGAUAAUCAAAGAAGAAAUACGGAGCCGUUAGUGUUGAUUUUUAUUAGCCUCAAUUCACGAAUAUUAUCCUGUCUUCUUUUUGUUUGAUUUUCCACACUCGUCUUUCUUUUUCUUAGUUCCUCCCUACCAGCCGUCCCGUCGCUCCCAGUUGAAAACAAAAUGUGCCCGCGUUUAAAUUAGAUAAGACGGCGAAAAGUGAUCAAGUCUUUAAAAAUAAUUUUUUUUUUCUUCACUAUUUUAUUUUUAUUUUUCUGGGGAGAACGGGAAAGAAUUCAACAGAUAAAGAAAAAAUCCCCGGGCUUCUUCCUUAAAGAGAAAAAAAAAAAAAACGUUGAUUUGUUUUUUUCAAACACACACUAUACACAUUUAUUACUAACACACGUUACAUUCUAAUUGAGGUUGUGUUUGUCGUCUGCACCGGUCCUGUAGGUAUUUCGGGGAAAUGUUGUAUUUCAUAUUUUUUUUCUCUCUCUUUUUUAAUUAUUCUCAAUUGUUUCCUCCACAAAGAAAAAAAAAUGUUUCUCCUUCUUCUUCUUAAAUAUCGUCUUUAACUAAAAAAGAAUAAUAUAUACCAUUAAGAAUAUAUUAUUAACUAAAAAUUACCAGAGGUUACAGCACACACACCUUCCUAGGCCUUGAUAAAUCUUCAUAAUAUUUUUUAUUUGGGGGAAAGGGUAGGAAUUAAUUAAUUUUGUGCACGUGAUUUUCUCUCUGUGUGUGUGUGAUUGAAAAACACUAAACAUUUAGGUGAAAAAAGAAACGAAUUAUUUAGGAGAGAGAGUAGAGAAUGAGGCGGAAUGAGGAAGAAAUUAAUUGAUUGCGUCGUCUGUCGGAGGGGUGGGUUAUCAUUUGUAUAACCGGAGGCGCCGAAAGAUAACCUGGGCGCGCGCGCUCGUGUUGCGUAUAUAGCCGUUGAUGGAGACCGUCUGAACCGGCUGUUGAUUUGGUGUGUUGAUGUUCAUUUGCUGUUGUAUACAGCACACGAUAAUAUCCCCAUCCACUCCCCCGCCUUUGGCUUGGCUAUACAUCUUUAAUCUAUCUGUCCAAAAAAGAAAAAGCACUUCCUCCACAUCCCGAUUUGAACCCAAAAACAAAUAAACUAUAAUACACUUUUUUUCCAUAGGGUUUUGACCUCAUAUCCGCUUGUGAAUGGAUUUAUUAUUUAGCUUUUUUGUGUUUGUGUGCCUUUCUGCUUAUAUUUUUUUGUUGUCUGUGUCUUGUGUGAUUUGUGUCUUGUUUGCCUUUUGUAGAGCUAACACCCAAAAUGGCUUAUGUAAGCGGUCGGCGGCGGCGGCGUUUUUUCCAGCUCAUCUUAUCGGCUACAGAAAGUGUCGAUCGGGAUCUCUGUAACAAACAGCCCAUGUUCAAAACUGGAGUCUGGAGUCCUUUGGUGUAAGUUUUUUUCAAGCCCAGCGGGUGUGUGUCGGUUUGGCUGAGAAAACAUUACCGGCCCGACACCAUGUGGUUUUUACGAGCCCACAACAACAUUUGAAAAAAGAAAAUUAUUAUUUGCGAUUUAACGGGCGUCCGAUUCCAAGUACGCAGCGUCUAGUAAGUCACUGGUGUUGUACACACAAUCCUACAGGAGAGGAAUGUGUAAACAGAUGGACGUGCGGCUACAAUCCGGGGGGAAUCCAGCUGUGUGUCGGGUUUCUUGUUUGAUAUGAUGAACCCCGAAAUGUUUUGGCGACAACACAAUACCUUCGGCCUAUUUUUUAUUUUUUUUCUCUUUACCUAUUCUUUAUACAGGAGGGGGUUUUGGCCGGUGGUCUGCGGCCCGUGUGUAUUAAUAGAAAAAAAAAAAGAGGUCCGUCAGUGUGUGUGUGUAGUUGGGGGUCCAGCUGCAAUGACGUCACUGCCAGUUUGAUCGCAUUGGCCCCUGGCGCACCACGGCGUGAAUAGGAUAUCAUUGGCAAUACGCUUAACUUUUCCCAAGUUGAGAUGAUCCAAUAGUCUUCGUUAGUUCCUUCCUCCCCUUGCACACUUUUUUAACUUCCAGUUUAUCCAUACAAGACACGCUACCCCCAAGUUUCCAGCAGAACGUCCAGGGAAUUUGGCGUUUUAAGAAGAUAAACCCAAAAAGUGGAAGAAAAUCGUUAAAAAAUUCUCUCGGUCUUAGGACUGGCGCAGAGUGUAUCUUCUUUUGCCUAUAGACACACAUCUGCAUCAGCGGAUAUAUAUUCCCUUGGCUUCCCUUUUUCUACUUGGUUGUAGUUUCUUCACUUUCGUUUGGACUGCGCUGGCGCAAAAGUGAGAGGGGGCCGGAGCCCAAGCCGAUCGACGUCCUCCUCCCCUCCAACCGUUCCUGGGCAGCAAACAACAUCUGCGCAACACACACGAGAGACUUCGAUCCUAGUGUGUUGACGGUAGUCGUCGUCUUUCCAGUGUUGGUAGUCGUCCAAACGGCAGCCAAAAAGUUGUUGCCUUGGCAAAGAGUGUCCAAAAAAGUUUCUGGUGUGCGACCGCAGUCCCUGCGCUGUCCGCGUGUGUCUCGGUUCGUGAUACAGUGUCUUUGCGUGUGUGUGUCUGUGUGUAUGUGUGUGCGUGUGUGUACAUAGUGCGUGAGAGAGAUCCUGUCGUUUUGUUUGAGCAGGGGAAUCGAAUGGGAUGAAUGUCGAUCGAACUGGAUUCGACUGGUGUUGAUCAAAGACGGCCGAGAUGGAAACCGGUUGGCGGUGAACAAAAUUUGAAAGACAUUUGAAAUUGUGUGCCAUUACUUCUUUCAACUGGGAAAUCUUUUAUCGACGUCAAAUCAAUCAGACGUCACUAUGUGCGCGCGUUAUAGUUGUCUACACUGGAAAUUUGUCGCCGAUAAGAAAUGAAUCCCACAGCUGGGCGAUCUUUGGUGGAAAAACAAGAGAGCAUCUCUCACUCGAGUCACACACAUUCUGGGUCGCUGGGCAGGGCCGAUUGGAAGUUGCCUCCGCAGUGCCAGGAGCCCCCCAAUAAGAAAAGCAACCAAUCUCUCUAAUAUGAUGGAUACCCCCACCAGCAGCACCAGUAACAACAAUAACAGCCGUCAAGUGAUUCUGGAAGGCGGACUACCGUGGGGCUUCCGGAUUCAAGGAGGAUCCGACACUGGCGUCCAACUCCGCAUCGCUCGCGUGAAUCCUGGGAGCAAAGCAGCGCUGCAAGGCAUCCGGGAAGGCGACGUGAUUACGUCGAUGAACGGCCAACCGACCGAGAAAGAAGUCACCAACAGUCAAGCUCACGCACUUCUAAAAGAAGCCGGACCCACUCUGCGCCUCGGUUUAAAACAGGGGUCCACUCUGACCAGACGACUCUUCAAAUCGUCGAGCGGAGCGUCAGUUUCAUCCAUCGCAUCCGCCGCUGACGUCAACCCAACAUCAUCAGGUAACGGCGGCGUAGCCGCUCAGUCGACAUCGACCAGUCACAACAGUAGCAGCAACGGCAGCGGCGGAGUUCAAUCAUCUUCGUCCACCACCAACACUACAUCUACCAGCUCCACCACCACCAAGACAUCGGUGCUAACCAGAUCAGACGAACGGCUGGCGGAAGAAAACGUUCCAGAAAGGCCAGCUCGAUGCGCCAAGAAUAAGCGUAGUAAAAGUAGUAGUAGUAGAUCUACCAGCAGCAACAACAACAACAACAACGCGUACAACAAUAGCGGAACGGAAGAGAGUGAAGACGAGACCGUCGACUGCCAUCGCAAUCUGACGGGACUGAAAUCCGGUCCGUCUUCGCCGCCGGCAGCCGCUGCUGCCUCCUCUUCUUCAGACGAUCCGCUCGAAGGCAUCCAUUCCAUCUUGUCUGAAAUGGAGAGAGAAAUCCGGCACACGGGGAUCGAUCCGCAGUCAGAGGCCAUCAUGGCCCAUCUGCCGCCGCCGGACGGGGGAGCCUCGGUCGAGCCGCGAAUCGGCGGACUAACAAUAGAAGAAUUCAUUCACUUUCUGGCGCUCCUGGAACGCGUCAAGGAGCAACACAUUGACACGAAAGAAUCUGGCGACGAUCCAGCAGCCGGAUCGGGCUCGGCCACUCCGUCGGCUCCCGCCGAGCGGACCAGCCCUUACGACAAUAUAAUCCGAUCGCUGGGGCCGGAUCAUCCGCUCUAUUGCAAUGUGGCCACCUCGCCCAGGAUCAGUCCGCCUUCCGACGAGGAUCGAUCCCGAGGAUCGUCUUCCUCUUCAUCGCCUUGCUCAUCGGAUGAGGAUGCCGGCCAAUUCCAGCUGCCCGACGGAAAGUCUGCGACUUUGCCCGGAUUCUCUUUCCUCGAGCGGCUCUUCCUCCGCCGCUACUUGCACGUCAUUCCGGAGGAGGUGGCCAGCGACUGCGGAAGCCACAGCGCCCGGCUCAGCCGAGCUCUCAGCGGACUCUCAUCCGCGCUCAGCUAUCUGGAAGAUGUCGACGACGAUCGAUUCUCGCACGAAUCCGUCGGAGAUGAAUUUCCGGACUUUGCAUCCGGCGGAUCCCUAACGCCCGUCCCAAACCCAACGACAAACGACAGCGAAGCCAAUGCGGUUCUAGUUCCAGUAGAACCGGAAGGCGACCGAGUAGAAGCUCCCGAGUGCAUCCAGCAGCAGCCUGUCACUCACAGCGAUUCCGCAUUGCAAGUCGAGAAGGCAAGACAAAAUGCGGAAGCGGAAUCGCCCGUCGAUGUGACUGAACGCCGCAUUAUUCCGCCGGAAGAUGAAUUUUCCAUCGUCUUGGCAGUCCCCGUCAUGAUAGUCGACUCGAGCGACUACGAUGAUCCGGCGGAUUCGCCCACAGAAGAUCGGGCCCCUUUCAUCUCUCCAACUUCAUCCAAUCUGCUGGAAGAAGAAGCGGAUCGUCCCACGCAUUUCCCCCAAGUGCUGGAUGAGAUGAACGACCGACAAGGAAUAAAUGAGGAAGAUGAAAAAGCGGAUGAAGAAGCCAAAGAAAAGGAGAAAAUGAAAGAAGAAGAAGAAGAAGAAAAUCAAAGCGAAGUGACUUCAUUGGCGGAUUAUUGCGAGCUGCUUGACGAAUCUCUGCUGCCACUCAGCGUCCUAAUGAUGCAAACAUCCGGCGGCAGCAGCGUCGGCGGCUGCUGUCGUGACUGUGACGAAACGACGGGCCAACGGCCGUCGCAUUCAGAGCGGAACGACCCGCCGACGGAAGACUACGCCUGCUCGUGCUCUCUAGGCUUCAGCGACGACGAUGAUGAUGAUGGAGACAACGACAACGACGACGACGACGACGUUAAUGUCGGCCACGAUGACAAUAAUCAACAGCCGGUGAUAAUCGAUUCCGGCGAGGUGGCCAUUCCGCUGCCGCCGGCAGCCGACGGAUUAACUGGAAUGACGACAGUUCAAGAAGAAGAAGACACUAAAGGAGAACAUGGGCCCGAUGGCGGCGACGACACUUUAACAAUGGAUUCCAUCCAUCGGGCGGAUGGCGAGGAGAAAAUGUCGUCGGUGAUUGGAGAAACGACGGUGAGUGGAACAUCGGUGGUGACGUUGAUUGACGCCAAAAUCGUCAGCGUCGAUUACAAACCCGUGCAGCUGAUUCGUUCCAGCGCUCAACUCCGUCACGCUGGUGAUGGUGGAACGGCGGAAACUCUGGACGAGUUCCAGCCGGCAGCGGCCCCGGACGCUGAAAAUAGACAAUUAGCGGGCGAAAAUCCAGCAGAGACGGACAGCAGGCGGACGAUGGGACAAGUGUCGAAUGAAGAAAGUGAUCCGGUAUUAGCUGCUGCCCGUUUUACGGCGGACGAUUCCGGUUUAGUGGAAGCGGCGAUGACUGAAUUAUCAUCGGCGGGGGUCAAUCAACCGGAAUUGAUUAUUCCGGUUGACCAGGGCGUCUGCAGUUCCACGGCGAAGAAACACGGACGCGUCGUUGAUGAAAUGCGGAGGCUAUGGGAAACGCGUUGCGCUGCCGAUUCGUCGACAAUUCCGGCCAUUCCGUCUGAUCCGGAUAACGAACAAGACAAGGAUACAUCCUUCGAGUAUGGAUCGGAUCAAGCGACUCCGGUUCCGGAAGAAGAGCCGUCUGCCGCUAUCGUCGAGUCGCCGGCGGUGGUGAACGAUCCGGUGCGGAUGAAAUCUAUCCAAGAAUUCCGGAUGCUUUGGUCCGGAUGGCCUCCACCUCCACCACUCCCUCCACCUCCCGAGCAUUACGGCGCAUCCGAGACGGAAACGGGUUACUCCACUGACGGAUCGGAGCCGUUCCGGCAACGGCGGAGGAGAGCAGCCCAAGCUCUGAUGAGCUCCGUCCCGACGCCUCCGCCGAGACCCACGCCACCUAGGGACGAAAACUUGUAUCGACUACGAUCCGAUCACUCCGGAUGGCACGACCGCCCGCCGGAACCUCCGCUGAGGUACCAGCCGUAUCUCGGACAACGCUACCAACCGCUGUGCUAUUAUUCCGCGCCGGAAGCGGACGAAGAAGAAGACGACGAGCGGGUGAAGGCUCGCCUGCUUGCCGACUGGCUGGUGCUGGCCAACCGAAAGCGGAGUCACUCGCCAUCCAGCGGCACCUACCGAUCGAUCCAGCGCUCCAAUUACAGCACGCUGACGUCGACGACGACGACAACCCGCGACACAUCCGCCAGGGAAUCGGAAUCGGAGGCCUCGGACUACAACGAUCGGACCGACUGCGCCACCGCCAUCCGGCGCUACCGGCGACGCCAGCGAGUUGACGAGUAUCUGUCCCAUGGAUCUUCGUCAUCGCUUUUGUCGACGCCCUAUCUAGCCAGUAGUCCUAAACCAGGUGUUUGGUCGCCGGGUCAGCAACAACCGUCGAGUCCUCCGGAGAGGGACAGCAACAACCACCAGCAGCAGCACCACCGUCAGUCGCAGCCGGUAGUAGUCUCUUCCGGCAGCAGCAACGGCAGCAGCCAGCAGCAGCCGCCACCGCCAAUUUGGAUUCCGUCCAGCCAACAGCCUAGCCCGAAAUCAGAGCGGAAAGAGUUCCGGCCAGUCCGGCUUGAAGCAUUGAAGAAACAGGCGUCCGCCCAACAGCAGCAGCCGCAGCAGCAACAACAGCCCCAGCAGCGCGAGGGAGGCCAGAAACCACCUGGGGGUGUUGGCAACAACGGUACCAAACCGGCGGCUCCGACCAGUUUGCCACCUUUUGCUACAACCACAUCCACCGCAGCAUCUCAUCCAUCCACCAACGCCCCAACCACCUACUCCUCUUACUUGUACCCGUCCAGCUGGGACAAUCAGCGCCAGCAAAAUGCCCCACCGUACGGCAACAACAGUGCAAACAGCACACCCAUAAACACACCGGCCAGCGAGCACUCGGUUUUGACCAGCACUUCGACCAAUUUUUCCGCUUUGUCUUGGGACCGGAGAACAAACGGCGGGUCCACUUAUAGUGGCGGUUCGGGAUCGACAACACCUACGCCUUCGUUACAGCCUUUGCUUCCGCCGGCCACAUCUUCGACGCCAACCAGUCACCUGCCCAAGGUGCCCAACACCACCGUCACUCUCCUACAGAAAGCCAGAGAGGGACAAUUGCCGAAAGGUGCCGCUUACCUGGACAGCCCCAAACAAGGCGAACGUUCCGGAAAUCGCCUAGGUCAACCACCUCCGCCCCAACAGCAACUGUACCGUAGCCCAUACGAGCAAGUGUACAGCAUCCAGCGCGAGUAUAACGUGCCCUCAACGACUUCUUCAUCUGGCCCCGGCGUUUCACAAGCCAACGGCGACGAAAAUAGCCAACAGCCAGCGGCGGCAUCUUCUUCUUCUUCUUCUCAGCCGCAAGAAACGCGCAAGUUUGUCGAUUUGACGGCCAACAAAUUUAGCGGCGUCGGACCCGUUUCCAACGAAGGCGUUCCCAUCGCUUUGCGCUCGGGCAUAAGAGAAGAGGAUCAUCAUCACUGGUACCGGCGUAUGUACGAGUCCUUACACAGGGCAGGAGGUCCAGGAGAUUACGUCACUGUACGCUACAAACCUGGUCGUGGACGAGGUGGAGGCUACCAAUCGGAGCCGGAUCAGAACCGAUACGAUUACGAUUCGGAUGCCGGUCGUUACGCAACUUUGGAUCGCAGACGUCAACGCAUCCACAACGAUUCCGAAUCUAACGGCGGAUCACCUUCGCGAAUAACGAAUCAAGAAUCUGAAUCCUAUCGUUAUCAACCCGGUCGGAUUGAAGAUUACGAGCCGGGAAUCCGUUCUUCUAUCACUCAGCCUCAGCCAGUCAAACAGUCACCCAAGAUCAGCAUCCCCAGCAAAUCGUUUACGAAUUUUGCUUUGAAAGAAUCUGGUUACGAGAGUGACUCUCAACUAGUCUUUCGACGGCGUUAUCCGGCCGAUUCGGCCGAAGGGGGUACUGGACCGACAACUCCGGCAACCGAUCCGCAAGAGCAGCGUCUUUGGUACCGCGACAUCCAGCGUGGAGGCGAGGUGCCAUUGCACGGACUCCGCAAACAACAGCCCGAUCGACCACAAGACGAGUCGACCGAUCCGUUCGAUCGUCGAAUAGGCAGAAGCGAGAAACAGCGCAAAAGAGAUCCUUGGCGCUACAUCCGGUUCAAAUCCAAGUCUCCGACUCCGCCGUCGACGCAGAGACGACGCUACCGAUUCCUCUCCGUUCCGGCCGUUUUGAGCCGAUUGCAAAGCUGCAAAAUGUUCCGCAGCGGAAGCAGCAAACGACAGUCGAGCGCCACCAGCAGCCCGAACGCGUCGGAAGAACGCCACCAAAAAAGCACCGGAACGUCGACCGCCAAAACGACAGUUUCCAUCGGGACUUCGACUUCUUCCAAGGGCAAAACUUGGCGCCGGAUUAAAUCCGGAAACGGUACGAGUGGUACGACCAAGAAAUCUCCGAAACCAACAGCGCCCAGCCCCGUUGACGGAGGAUUUGUUCAGCGGGAAGAAACGGCAACGCCGUUGAUGGACGACAUUACCGCAGUUCCUCAGCCCGUCCAACCGAUUGAACCGGAAUCCCAAGAGCUGGAACCUUUGCCGCCUCCUCCUGUAGAAGAUAUGCACGUCGAGCAGCCGCCGCUUCCACCUCCACCGCCUAUCAAAGCGGCGAUGGAAUCGCCGGAGUUAAAGCAGCGGUCAACACAACAACGCGUUCCGUCCCGUCCGGCGCUUCCGUCUUUUCCGGCCUUUCCGACCUUGUCUCCACUUCAAUCCCGUCCGGCUAAGAAGAAAUCGUCUGGCAGUAAAUCGGAGCCGGCCCUGAACGUCUACCUCCAUACGCGUCAAAUGGUUUCGCAAUCGAAAUUCCGGCGGAUGCAGGACGAGCCAGUCGCUCAAGAAGAGACGCCCAAAAUGACCAGAUACCAGAAACUGGCCCGCGACACCAAAAAUCUGGUGGCUAGAAUUUCUGGAGAGAUUCCGAGCACAGAAAAAAUCCGCCAAGCGCUAAAACUUCCAGCCGGAAGCAACGGCAAUGGAAAUGGCUCCAACGGCAACGGAUCUAACGGCAAGAAUAACUCCGACGUGGACGUCACCGAUCCUGAAUUCAUUUGCGAUGAGCAGACGGCGGCUAUUCUUUUAGCCGAGCUGGAAGGCAAACCGGAAUCGGAAUCUCAGAAAGCGGAUGGUGCAGCAAGCCAGAAGGCUGAAUCACCGGUCCAGCAGCCGCCAAAACAACAACAACAGCAGCCAGAAUCAAAACAAGAGCAGAUGCAAGAACAACAACAACAACAACCGCAGCAACUUUCGGAACAUUAUCAUUUUGUUGUCCCGCUUGAAAAUAGAACUGAAGACGGGCAAGGAGAUUUUUAUUCUUCCCGUUCCACCGCCGGCAGUCCGGAAUACAUCAAGACUCAACGUUUCACCCAGCUGCGCUCCCUUUAUCGCAGCCUGGAACGGCUCAACGAGCUGGAAAAAUUGGUGCCGACUGACGAGCUGAACCAGGUGGCCAGCACCGAUGGCAUCAUCGACUUUGAUUUGUGGCGCCGGUUGAGGCAGCGAGAAAAGGCCCAGGAAGAGAUGAGGAAUUUGGCCACCUGGAUUCAGGCGGCACAAAGAGAAGGCGAGUGCUACUUUGGCACAUCGCCGCCACCCAAGUGGCAACGCGGAGCCGAUCCAGGACUCCGCAUCAAAGAACAAUCCGUCCGUCACUUGACGGACAAAUACAAGACUUUGGCGGAAGCCAAACGCUAUUCGACUCAAUCGCUACCAAGGAACUUUGCCCAGUGUCCGGAUGGCAGUCGAGCGGAAUCUCCGGUAUCGACUGGACGAGUCAGUCGAUCCAGCCAGAGGCGCAGCAGUUUGACGGGAAAGCAGAUGGCCGUUUUGAAAUCGCAAUUAUCCCGCGUCUAUACUCCGCCGAGCCGUUACGAGACGGUCGUCUCUCCGCAAAGACCGCCCCGGAAGCUUCCGGAAUCGUUGCUGAACCCCAAACUCUACGUCCGAAGUGUGUCCGAAUCCAGUCGUGAUUGCACGCUCGCCAGACUGGAACAGCGACGCAAUCGGCUAAUGGAAUCGCAGAAGGCGUUGUCCAUCGCCGGAAGUGGACGUGCCGUCCAUCGCUCUCAGUCGGCAUCCGCACCCAAGCAGCCAAAUAUCAGCGAAGCGGAACGCCGUAGUUUAUCUAUGCGGCUCGGUGCGGAAGUCAAACAGCGUUACAUCGCCGGCCAGCCGCCCGCCACUCCGCAUCAACAGCCGCGAUCCACCAGAGCGGCGAUCCAGUACGUUCAACAGUUGAGCCAGCACAUGUCGAGAAAAUUGGCCAGCUCCCCGCGGAUGAUGUCGCCCAGUUCGCCGGGUCCUUAUCGAACUCAUCAAUCACGUAGCUCGUCGCGCGGAAGCUCGGCCAGCAGCCAACAAGAUUACUUGCUCGUGCUGACACCUCGCGGGCGGAAUAAAGCCGACGUGGAAUCAGCUGUUCAAGAAUGGGCCGAUUCGGCCGUCGUUGGCAAAACUCCUUCUCCGACUCCGGCUGUUCCGCAGCGCUCAAGCAGUUUGAAUAUCCGCGCCAACUUGGAAGAAGAUUCUCACAGUUCAAACUCGUCCGUCCAGACGGUCAUCCAUCGCGACGUCCAGAAGAAAGUGGAUUUCUUUGAGAAGGUCAUUGCUGACUCGGUUGGCGAUCCUUGCGACUUGGCCGUCGUUCCAUUUCGGACUACUCAGAGCGUCAAUGACCUGCGCCGAUCCGCUUCGACAUUGGUGGGCCGUCGCCGGACCCGCUGCGCCGUAGUUCCGCAGAGGUCGCAAAGUCUUUCACUCCAACGGCCCGGAUCAUCCGCUUCUGCUUACGGAUCCAUGACCGAUCUCCGUCUUCAUCAGCUGAUGGAUCGAGUCAAAAGCUCGUCGCCGAGUCCUUCCGGCCGUAGAUCAUCUCCCGGAAGCGUGUCCGGAGGCGGAAGCCAUUACAUUAAUUUGGUCAAGAAAGGCGACGUGGUGAAGAAAUGCCAAUAUUUCAGUUCGCCAAGAGUUGACCAACCAUCACAGCAGCAGCAGCAACAACCGCAACAACAGAAGCCAGUCCAGAGGCAGUCGAGGCCGGCAACUCCGCAACUAUCCAGCCGUUCUGUUCCUGAUUCGCUUCCGCUUUGGAGUGCGACGGAAAAAUUCAAUCGCAACAAAACGGUCAUCAAAGGGCAAGAGAUGGGCGACGUUAGUUUCAUCAAGCGCCGCUACGAGCAGGAGCAGCCGAGGAAUCGCUUCCGGAGCCAGUUCGGUUCGGCUUCGACUCCGUCACUGCAGGAUGGCGGAGCGAGCGGAAGUUUCAGCUGGAGUCGUCGUUUGGCAGCCGCCGCUAACAAACGGGUCUCGUUUCCCAAUUUUUCGUCGCUAAGUAGAGCCGGAAGCCGGAAUGGAAGUGACGCCGGAAGUCGGUCAGGGGGUAAGAAAAUGGAUUUCACUCGUGUCAAACCUACUUUACUCUCCUCUGCACGGCUGGCCCUCCGUCAAGCACAAACGGCCGCCGAUCCGACGGCUCAUCAACACACUAUCGGCGGAAGAAUCAGCCGACCUAUCACCCGCAACUCUUCUGCCGCUGGUGGAUCCUACAAUGACAUUCCCUCUACCCUUUCUUCCGUUCUUCCACCCAGCAACACCCAGACGACCACUACUGCCACCCAUUCAACAACCAAAACUACUGUGGCUAGUCCUGAUAUGAGUUUUAAAUCCACUUCAGAAGGAUCCAUCCGAAGCCGUCGAUCCAUGUCCAGCCCGCUUCCGGCAAUUCCGGUAUCCACUUCAGCUGCUGCGUCUAAUGUGACUCCAAAUCCACCUGGAAAUACGCAGUCCGAAACAGCCCAUUCCAAAGCGGUUCCUAAAGAAUCCAUCAGUGCCAAAAUGACGCCAGCCAGUAAACCGGCAGCAACUCAAUCCAGCUCUCCAGUAGGACAUGUCACUCCAGAGGCAGACUACCAACCAGUGGCCUCUUCUACCUCUCAUUCCGGCAAUUUCGAUCCAUCCAUGCAUCAGCCAAUUUAUCGCUACACUCCGCCACCUCCGCGUUCAGGGGGUCGAUCCAACCGAAUCCAUUCCGUUUACGAUUUAUACGCCACGUAUCCCCGCCAGAGAGCCGGAAUGCAGUCUCCAUCUCGCCCACCUCUUCCAGCAGAGUGGGCUCACCUAACCAGCCCCCGCAAGCCACGAGCAACCAAUCAAGCAGGCGCAGCGCACAGGUUCGCCGAGUCGGAGGUGACCAUUCAUUACCGCAGUCCUAUCCGCAACCUGCAGCAAAGCGGUCAACAGCAGACGGAAAUCGACGAGGAGGAAUUGAGGCAGAUGCAGGCGGAGCACAUGAGACGCGUUUACGAACAGGAGCGUAGACGGAAAUACAUCCAAGAACUGGAAGAUAUCGAGUCUCGACGUCACAUGGAUAACUUUACGCCGCUAAUGAAAUCCCCGAUCCCGUUGAACCGUUAUGAUGACUUUAUGGAUGAUCAACCGGUGCCGAUGGGCCGUUCUGGCAGCCAGAACCAGCCACAACGCGACCGAACUCCCGAGCCUAAAAUAGUAGCUCGCGGCCUCUACAACUUCGUGGCUCAAAACGCCCGGGAAUUGUCGUUUCAAAAAGGAGAUAUUAUCUUCAUCCGGCGACAGAUUGAUAAGAAUUGGUACGAGGGAGAACACAAUGCCAUGGUAGGCAUCUUCCCUGUCAAUUACGUCGAGAUCGUACCUUACGAUGGAGUACGAUUGACAAACCGUAAACCCAGCGAAGGCAAAGGCAGAGUCAAAUUCAAUUUUGUGGCCCAGACGCCGAUUGAAUUGUCUCUGGUUAAAGGGGAAUUGGUAAUCAUCACGAGACAAGUGGACGAGCACUGGCUAGAGGGUCGCAUCGGUCAACGCCGUGGCAUAUUCCCCAUUUCAUACGUCGACAUUAUCCAGCCUUGUUCUUCACCUCCUUCCAACCAAAAUGUCAAGACCCCGACAACGAGCGGUACCGCUCUAAUUACUAACGGAUCUCUCCGUUCAACUCAUAAUUACCAACAAUUACGCACUCAGCAGCCGCAGCACUUUUCCAUGCAACAGAAAAUGAGCCCGGCGAAUGCGACAUCUCAGCAUCAGUACCGAACAGCUCCAGCACAGUAUAAUAAACCCAGCAGUUUGAUGGUCGACACUCGCUCCGAUCCCGUCCUAUACCGAGCGCUUUACACGUAUGCACCGCAGAAUGAUGACGAGCUUGAACUGCAAGAAAGCGACAUGAUCUGCGUGCUGGAAAAGUGCGACGACGGUUGGUACGUGGGCACCAGCCAGCGUACCGGCCUCUUCGGUACCUUCCCGGGCAACUAUGUCGAACGCGUUUGAUGAGAGUUUUCAAACCCGUCGCUUGACAUAAUUGAAUGAAUCGAUGCGUUGAAAGACAAACAAACAAAACACAUACACCACCUAUCUGCAACACAUUUCGAUUCUCUAAAUAUUGUUACGGUUAUUACUAUUGUUCUGUUCAUCACCUAUAUAUUUCUUAUUCUCUCAUUUAUCAUUUGAUACAGCAACAGCGCCAAAGAGUCUCUCAUUUGAAUCAGAACGUGAAUCGCAUCAUUUAGUUGGUCAUAUUAUAAUAUUCUGCUAUACAAGUUUCUUGAGCUUUUAUUCAAUCAUUCAAAAAUCAUGACAUUUGUGUUAGAAAAGAUUCUUUUUGGUGGUUUUUAUUGUCUGAAAGAUUUAACCUAUCCAUCGUCUUCCUAUUUGAAGCUGUCACACCGUGAAUUUUCUUGUCAAAAGAGUCAUCCGGAAGAACAAGGUUUUUGGCAUUAAAAUGAAUGAGCUGAUUGAUGUUUGAUUAGGAGGAGAGUUAUGUAUUUUAUGUGGAUCAUCAGUUUCCUCAUUGAUGUACAGUUGUACACGAUUAACUUGGAAAAUAAUCAGAGAAUGCCAACGUUAGAGAGUGCCUUGGAUGGUGGAGACCAUGUACACAACAAACAUACUAUACUCACACCCAUUACAGCCAAUAGCGUUCCGAUAUGUUGUGUGUCACCCAUGGAAGUGAAACAUUUCGUUCGCGUUAUAAUGCAUCACUCGUAUUAAUCGCACUAAUCACAUACAUUAAUUUUGUUUAUUAUUCAAUAUUUUUAUCGUCAGUAAUGAUAGCCUAUCCCAUUGAAAUUCUUUUUCUCCUUUUCUGCUGCUCGAAAAAUCAUUUUUUCCCUUCUAAUCUAUAUCUAGAAUGGUUUCUCUACAAUUUAAUUACACGACUGAUUGUUA